AAGACAAUGAAAAUCUUGAUCCUUCUCAUGAACUAACAAAUGCUAAGAGAGGAAAAACCAAAGCUGCAACCAAAUCAAGAGACAGAAACCAUUAAUCUGGGUACUGAAGAUGACAGAAAGGAGAUAAAAAUCAAUGCUCAUCUAUCCUCAGAGGAAAGAAAUGAAUUGAUGGAGCUCUUAUUUGAGUUCCAAGAUGUUUUUGCUUGGUCCUAUAAGGACAUGCCGGGACUUGAUCCUGAUAUCACUGUUCAUGCCAUUCCACUCUAUUCUGAGGCUAAGCCAGUCAAGCAAAAGCUAAGGAGGAUGAAACCAGAGGUUCUGUUGAAAGUCAAAGAAGAAGUACAAAAGCUGCUAGAUGUCAAUUUCAUUGAAGUAGCUAUGUAUUCGGAAUGGGUGGCCAAUAUUGUUCCUGUAAUGAAAAAAGAUGGCCGAGUUAGAGUCUGUGUGGAUUAUAGAGACUUGAACAAAGCAAGCCCCAAAGAUGAUUUCCCAUUGCCUCACAUCCAAAUUCUGUUAGAUAAUGCUGCCAAAAGUACUCGGUUCUCUUUUGUUGAUGGCUACUCUGGGUACAAUCAGAUAAGGAUGAAGAAGGAGGACAAGCUCAAGACUACAUUCAUCACUCAAUGGGGUACCUUUUGCUACAAAGUUAUGCCUUUUGGACUCAAAAAUGCCGGGGCAACAUACCAACGCUCUGUGAUUGCUUUAUUACAUGACUUUGUGCAUACCAUUGUUGAGCUAUAUGUUGAUGACAUGGUGAUUAUGUCCAAAGAAGAGGUGCUACAUACAGAAAAUCUCAAGAAGGUGUUUGAACGCCUCAGAAGAUACAAAAUGAGACUCAAUCCUGCCAAAUGUACUUUUGAUGUGGAUUCGGGAAAGCUACUUGGCUUCAUUGUGAGCCACCGAGGAAUAGAGAUUGAUCCAGCCAAAAUAAAAGCCAUUGAUGAAAUGCCACCACCAAAAACCCAAAAGGAAGUCCGAGGUUUCUUGGGUAGAAUUAAUUACAUUGCCCGUUUCAUUGCCAACCUCACCACCAUUUGUGAGCCUAUCUUCAAACUCCUCAGAAAAGACAACCCUCAUACCUGGAAUGCCCAAUGCCAACAAGCCUUUGACAAAAUCAAAGAAUACCUCAAAAACCCACCAAUCCUUGUGCCACCAACUGAUAAAAGGCCUUUCAUCCUAUAUAUCACUGUCCUUGAAAAAUCCACGGGAGCAGUCCUUGUCCAACAUGAUGACUCAGGCAAGAAAGAAAGGGCCAUCUAUUAUGUGAGUAAGAAGUUCAAUGAUUGUGAAAGUAAAUACUCACCCUUAGAAAAGACUUGCUGUGCCUUAGCCUGGACAUCCAAGAAACUUUGCCACUACAUGUUAACCAACACCACUUACCUACUUCCAAGAAUGGAUCCCAUAAAAUUCAUUUUUGAAAAACCUACCCUUUCUGGAAGAAUCUCUUGGUGGCAUAUGUUGCUUUCCGAAUUUGAUAUUGUUUACACCACACAAAAGGCCAUAAAAGGGCAAGCCAUUGCAGAUCAUCUAGCCAAACAUGCGGCAGAGGAUUAUGAGCCUAUUGAUUGGGAUUUUCCUGAUGAGGACAUUUUGGCAUUGGAGGCAGAAUCUGAUUCAGAUAAUUGGAAGCUCUUCUUUGAUGGAGCUAUUAACCAGCUUGGUUGUGGCCUUGGAGCCGUGUUGGUAUCCCUAAAGGGAGAUCAUUUUCCUAUUGCUAUAAAGCUUGAUUUUUCUUGUACCAACAACAUAGCCGAAUAUGAAGCUUGCAUUGCAGGAAUACAUGCUGCUCUAGAUAUGAAUGUCCGAGAUUUGGAGAUAUAUGGUGAUUCAGCGCUAAUCAUAUGUCAAACAAAUGGCGAGUGGCAAACCAAGGAUCCAAAACUUAUUCCCUAUCACCAAUACCUUGAAACUCUCAUAAGAAAAUUCAGAUUCAUCUCCUUAAAUCAUAUGCCCCGUGCCAAGAAUCAGUUUGCGGAUGCUUUGGCAACUUUAGCCUCCAUGAUCCAAAUCUCCAGUGAUGAUAUAAUUAAACCUUUGAUGAUUGAAAUUAGUCAAGAACCGGCACAUUGCAUGGAAAUCAAGGUUGAUGACAAACCAUGGUUUCAUGAUAUUAAACAGUUCUUGCAAGAUAAGGAAUAUCCUCUGCAUACUUCUGAGGUGAACAAGAAGACAAUCAGAAAAUUGGCAGCUUCAUACUUCUUGAGCGGAAAUACAUUGUAUAAGCGCUCUGCUGAUAUGACCUUGUUGAGAUGUGUUGAUGAAACAGAAGCAAAACAAGUCAUGACUGAGGUCCAUGAAGGGAUAUGUGGAACACAUGCAAAUGGAAGAAUGCUUGCUAGAAAAAUUCUUCGGGCUGGAUAUUAUUGGUUGACUAUGGAACAUGAUUGCAUCAAAUAUGCACGAGCUUGUCACAAAUGUCAAAUCUAUGCUGAUCAUAUUAAUGCUCCGCCUUCAUUACUGCAUAAUAUGUCUGCUCCUUGGCCAUUCUCCAUGUGGGGCAUUGAUGUGAUUGGGGCAAUUAAUCCUAAAGCUUCUAAUGGUCACCAAUUUAUCUUGGUCGCUAUUGAUUAUUUCACCAAAUGGGUAGAAGCGACAUCUUAUGCUAGUGUUACCAAGAAAGUGGUCACUCGCUUCAUCAAAAGAGAGAUCAUCUGCAGAUAUGGACAGCCAGAGGCCAUCAUUACUGACAAUGCAAGCAAUUUGAACAAUGAUAUGAUGACUGCACUAUGCAAGCAAUUCAAGAUCAAGCAUUUGAACUCUUCUCCAGCGUGCAAACAUCACUUUCCUCUGGCCUUGAGCUGCGUUUAUCAUCAUCUGGGCCUCAUUGCCACUCAACUUGCUCGGUCAUUCGACCGUUGUGGCUUUUUAGCCAUUCUGAUAUCAACUUUUUCGCUACCCAACUCGCUCGGUCGUUUGACCGUAGCUACCCAACUUGCUCAGUCGUUUGACUGUUGCAACUCAAAUUUUAAGAUCAAGUCAUUUAAGAUCAAGUCAGUUAAGAUCAAGUCAUUUAAGAUCAAGUCAUUGAAGAUCAAAUCAUUUAAGAUCAACUCACUUAAGAUCAACUUGUUCGGUCAUUCGACCGUUGCGGUUUCACAGCCGUUUUUACUUUACUUGUUCGCCGACUCCGCCCCCCUGCCACUGCACCCGAGCCUGCAACAGCCCACGCCCCCUGCUGCCUGCGCCCUUUUGCUGCUGCAGCCGACUCCGCCUACCUUCUCCUUCCCCAUCAAUCUUUCCUCUCUUCUACAGCCCCUUCUCUCCGCCGCCCCUCUUCUGCAACCAGAUCCUGCAGUUGCAAAGAUAGAUCCUACGCCUAUGUGGCAGUCAACCGAGCAUGAGAUAAACCUGCAGGAUGACAUCACGCUCCAGCUUUCUUGGCUGUCCUGCAAGGCCAGUUUUGGCCUCACUCGAUCAACGGUGGAAGGAAAAAGAAGAAAAAUUGAAGGGUUUGGAUGAGGAGUGAAGGGGGAGUUAGGGUUAUGUUUGAGGGGGUAUAAAUAGGAAGGACCGGUAAAGAGAAGGGAGUCUCUUUUUUUUUUUGGGGUGUGGUUUUGGGUGUUGACGUUUAAGGAGUCUUUUCAUUUUUGUGGUUCUGGUGUUGCCGGCGGAGGAAAGGAAGAGUUUUCUGUUGAAAGGGGGCUCGGUUUUGUAUCUGGAGUUGACGGAGGGCUUGUUUGUUGUGUCUGCUUUGUUUAGGUAAAUCUUUGAACAGAGGAGUUUUCUGGGAACGGUGGUGAAGGGGACGAUGGGAGCCUGGUCCCGUGGGUGGGAUCCCUCCCAUUAGAUCUGGAUCCAUCUUACCCAAAAAGCUCUGCCGUGGGUGUUUUUCUUAUUUUGGUGAAUAUUUCUGCAUUUUUUGUUUAAUGUUCAAGCUUGUACAUGUUCCGUUUGAAAAUCAAUGAAAAUCAAAAAU